AUGCAUGAUCAAAACUGCAGACUUUAACUGAUCAAGCACAGUUUAUUAUACAUACAAAAAAAUGGUUAUGAGGUUAAUUAUACUUACAGUUAUCGUAAUCAAAGGCUUGGAACAGCAUGAGCUUGAUUUGUCACCAAACAAUGGCACCUUGGUUCCGACAGGAAAUAACCUUACAAUUACGUGUUCUGUUAGACCAUGUAAUGAAACUGGAAGUGUUCUGCUAUUUUUUGGGCAUGCUGAAAAAUUAUUCAGUGGAAUAUGUGAUAAUGAAAUAUUUGUGUACAGAAGAAGAUAUGUGUUUUCGUGUAAUUCAACUCAAUGCACGUACACCCUUAAUGUGUACGAUGUUGAUGUUACGGAUCAGCGACAAAUGAUCUGUACUUAUCGGUCGUCUUCACAAAACGUCAUCAAUAAAACCACCACCAUCCGAAUAUCAGAUUUUCCCGGUAAACCCACCAUUGAACCGGAAGGUCCAUUCUACCUUACACAGGAGGUUAACCUUACUUGUAGUUCAACUGGAGGGAAUCCAGUUCCAAGAAUGAUAUUUUCUUGUAAUGGUGAAAACGGAAGGGAGAAAAUGAAGUUAGACAAAGUCGUAGAAUAUUACCUUUCAUUGAGAAUGGACUCGCACAUGGUGAAUACAGUUUGUACAUGUGUAGUUAUUCAAUCACAAAAUAACUAUAAACAGGAAACAACAUUCUACCCGAUUAUAUACUCAGACAAUUUUACCACAAUAUCACCACCUGGACCGUAUGUUGAUGGAGAGAGCAUAGAUUUCAAGUGUUGUUUUGGAAAAGUAGACAGUCCUAGAACUAAUCUAUCCUUUCAGUGUCAUGGAGAAUACGUAUCACAACAAAUUAACAAUGUUACUUGCCUUUAUCUGAAUGUUACAAUUGAUAUAGACAAGUACAGAACAAAAUGCACAUGCAUAGCUCAGUCGAAGGAUAUGAGCAUCAAUGUGAGCUCUGAUAUUCAACUGGUUAUCAACCGAUAUGACCCAGCAUUCGAGUUAUCGCCAUUUUACAAAGUUGUCUUUGGAAACACAACAACACUGACAUGCCUUGUACCUGGUUUGCAAUACCCCUUUGCAUUUGGAAACUGGCAAUAUAAGAAAGAAAAAGAAGAGAAAAAGCUUAAAGGAUCAAUUAGCUCAAAUACCACAACCGUGUUAACAGUCAGCAAUAGCACUUACGUAGAAAUGGGGACAUACUAUUGCACAGUGGUUGAUGAAAGAAAAAAUGAUACUGUUGUAGCAAAUGCAUCGACAGAGUUAAAAGUAGAAGGACCAAUCGCUCUGAAGAAAAUUCACAGUAAACAAGUAAACAACACACGUUGCAUGCUUAUUGCAACGUUUGAGAGCUUCCCAAAAAUAGAAAUAAAGUCAUUGUGGGAAAGCAACAAACAGAUUGAAUUUCGACAAAGCAUAUUAAACAGUAACGGUCCUGAAAGGAAAGACAAACCAACCACUAAACAGCAAGCAAACAUUCUUCUUGUGGAUUGCCUGUCAAGUACUAUUUAUGGAAUGGUUGUUUCAAAUGAUAUCUUUACCGAGAAAUUUUACUUUGAUAUGAAAGGUGUAAUUUUCAAAAUGUCACGAAUUUUGAAAAUGGAUGAACAAUUUAUAGAUGGUAAACUGGCAUCUAUGACAUGUUACGAUAUCACCCAAUCAGAACUGAGUAAUCUGGACUUAUCAUGUGAUAAUAUAACAAGUAUGAAACAGGAUAUUGUAAACGAUGCUGCAUCUAUUAGAACUGAAUUUAUUGCCGACAUAAAGGAUGAUGGCACUAAAUGUAGAUGCAAUUCCAAUCAAUCUGAAAGCGAGUCAAUACUGCAGAUUCACAUAGUUCCUUACAAAGGACAUAAUGUAUCAUAUGAAAAGGACGUGUGUGAAAGUAAUUCAGAGAUAAAACUCGUCUGUCAAGACGAAAACUUACCAGACGUUUUUCACUUUGGAAAGUGGAUUCACCAUUAUAAUGAUGUAGAAAUAGGCCAACGUGAUGGAUUUUCAUCAAGGAAACAGACGUCUAUCCAAAUACCUUUCUGUACAUAUGAAGACAUAGGGAACUACACAUGCACCGUAACUGAUUCAAGGAAGAACACAACUGUUUUUAAUUCAACUGUUUUUCUUAAUGUGCCAGGGCCACCCGUUAUAGUAAACAGCUCUAUUGUAAAAGAUAAUUCAAAAGCAGAAUGUGUACUUAGUGUCCAUUUUUAUUCUUUUGAUGAAAAUCCGGCAAUUAAUUGGUAUAAAAAUGGAAAAUUGUUACAUUCAUCGGAACGUCAAAGACCAAAUGUCAGUCCAACUACUCAUUAUGUAAAUAUGCAUAACACUGAAGUUCCAGUUAAAGCAAAGAUUGCAACACUUCAUCUGAAACCAGGAUGUGAUGUAGAAACAUCUAUAUACCGCUUUACUGUGAAAACUGCAGACUUCUCAACAUCUCAUACUUUUAAAGAAAAUGAUAACACAGUGCGCAAAGUGUUAAUACUCUCACUGAUAAUAGCAUCAGGAAUUUUCAUAGCAGGACUGAUCAUAACAAUAUGCAGAGCAACCAAGGGUACAAAAGACAAAUUCUGGCAAAUCAAGAAGAGUCUGAAUAGUACUGUAGCCAGAAGACGAAUUGAUACCCAGUUCUAUGAAGAAGUUGGAAUGGUUAUUGCAAAUAUAAGGCAAGCAGAUGAAGGAAACACAGGACAUAACAGAGAUACAUUGACAGACAGUAACUAUGAGCAGAUUCCAUUUGAUAGAAACUGAUGAUCCUGCACAAAAGUGAAAUAUAUUGUUGUUGUACAUAAUUGAAAAAAAAAAAACCUUGAAGCUAGUUAUCAAAAUUAUAUUUAUAAUCAUUGUAUCAUUAACAUUCAUUCUAGAUACAUGUGUGUCAUUUUUAUAUUGUUGUUUACUUUUAGGAAUGAAAUCAUAUGUUUAAUGUUUUAUUAUGAAAAUGUGCUAAUUUUUCAAUUUUCAUAAACGCACAAAUUUAUAUACGAAACAUCUGAAACGUAAGACUUUUUUAAUCUAUUCAUUCUAAUAUGGUAUAUUAAAUAUUAAAAAUGUAAGAUGGUAAUAGAAAGUAAAAUAGCAAAAAUACCGAACUCGAAGGAAAAUUCAAAACAGAAAGUCCUUUAUCAAAUGGAAAAAUCAAAAGCUCAAACACAUCAAACGAAUGGAAAACAACUGUCAUAUUCCUGACAUGGUACAGGCAUUUCCUUGUGUAGAAAAUGGGGGAUUAAACUUGGUUUCACAAGUAUAUAUAUAUAACUUUAUCCUUAUUUGGUAUCAUUAGAUUGUGCAUUGUCUCUCUGUACAAGUCUAAGUGAACAUAGUACUAUAUAGGAUAAGAUCGAUUGUGAAGUGUAAAUUUUACAAUAUUUGCAAAUAUGCAUUAGCUGUAUCAUUGUUUAAGGAAACGCAUUUACUGUAAAAGAUAUGUUGUAUCAUUUUUUUUGUUGAUUUCCAUUAUGGAAAACUAAAGAUAUUUGUGCAUUUGUUUUAACUUUAAUUUUUGUUUAACUAGAAUAUUCUAGUAUACAGAGAUCAUAUGUUUUAAAAUCUUAUUACACUCUACUGAUUUUACAAACCUUUUAUAGACAAGAUUGGAAAGAAAUUGAUUGUGUAAUGUAAUUCUACUCUUUAUAAUUGAUUUCUUUGAAUAAUUUAUUCUUUGAACAGAAAUCUUUUAGAACAUUUUUAAAAAGUUUUAAAGGAGAAUGAUGGGCACUAAGAAAGUCGGAGAAACGUCACGUUCUUUAGAGGAUCCAAGCAAAACAAAUGAUCCUAAGAAGAAGAACAUACGACAAAGAGACGUCCUUGCUGCAAUGCUGGUUGGAUAUAUAGUGGGAAUACUGUUGAUGAUGAUGAUACAUUUUAUACUUCAGAAGAAAUGUGCAAAUUGUACCUCGGGAAGUACAACAAGCUCUCUUGGUAAUGGACUGCAGGACUCAUGUUUUGAAGGAUGGAUUAUAUUAGCUGGAGAGAAGACUUGUUUCUUUGAUAGCUAUUUCGACGUAAACUGGACAGUUGUAGAGCCGGAGGCCGGUACCAACGAAGUUGAUGAGUAUUUUCAGAAAAUCAGACAGAUUCAAGAUAUCAAUGAUGAUAUACUUGUUGGCACUGUAUUUAACAACGACAGAGGAUUUUACCAAUGGAUAGGUGGAUCUGGUUCCAACAAUGGCACCCUACCUGCAGCUAACAAUACCGUUGCCUCACCAAACGCUACAAACAUCUGCGUGAGUGACCUUCAAGAAGCGCCUAUUGAAUGGGGAUUGAAUCUGUUGGGAGCAGAAUCAAAUGACACGUGCUUCAUUUCGUGAAGUUAGAAAAUAGAAAACUCAUCUGUAUAUAUUCUGUACAUAGCAUUAACUUCGUAGAUUUUUUAUUGCAUUUCUUUGGUGUAUCAUUAAAAUGUAUCUGUUUAUCAUUUAUAAUAAAAAACGUAGUUAACUUUUUAAACAUAGUUCUAUGCAAGGAUUGCAUCAAUAAUGAAACUGAUUUUAAAAACAUCCUAUCUUUACUUUCAAAUUGAUUUAAAAAAGCAAUUUUUUGUCUUCCUCACAAGCACGAAAAAUCGCUGCCGAAAAAUUCCAACCACUUAAACAUGAUAAAGUGAUUCGUGCCUGAAAUAUUUGAUUUUAAUACUCCAAAUAUCACUGACCAUCAAUCAUUUUUCUGUUAUGAGACGAAAAAAUAACAAAGAAACUUUUUCCUUAUGAUUUCUGCACAUUCUCAAAUCAUUUCAUUGUAAAAUAGUUACAUAUUUUUGUUGUUUUAUUUUUCAAAUUACACUUCGUUUGCAAAUACCAUUAAAAUGUUAUUAUCUCAUUAUAUAUCAGUGCUUGCUGUUGUAGUUUUUACCAUUGGUUCUUCCUGUUAUAUUGGACGAGUUUCUUAAUUUGUUGUUCGCUAUUGAUUUAUAGAUGAUUUCACUUGAUAUGCGUAGCUAAGGGACAUAACUCUGAAAAUCACUGGUACGUUUGUGUCAAACCAUUUCAAACAUAUAUUCUAACCUUCUUAUAAACACAGAUCAUUUAAAAUCUGAAUCACAAGAAUGCUGAAUAGUUAUCAAUGAAACUGUCUAUUACAAACACUUUACUGAUUUUAUCUCCCAUAAGCCAGGUGAACCCCCUACUACAACGUCGGUAAAUUAAUUAUUUGGAUGCUAGAUACUCGUUCAAUCAUACUUUUGUAAAUGAGAAAUCAAUAGUGUUAUUCAGCAAGAUUUUUCUUCAAUCAGAGAAUGAACUUAACGAUUUUUUUCACCCGAUGUAGUAUCAAGAUUUGUUUGGUAUACAAAGUUAUUUUUAAAUAGUCACCUUUUUCCGAAAUCUUACUCAACUUUACAUUGUUUUUCUCUUCAAUCAAACAUGUUUGCAUCAUAUAUCUAUUUUCAUUUCAUAUUAAUUUGUAUUUCUCGUCCCUUUUUAAUGUUUAUGAUAAAAUAUAUGUUUAUCUAUUA